UGGUCGCUGGACGUUUUCAGGAUUUUGAGUCGGGACUUGCGGAUCACCAGGAAACAUGAAGCUCCAUCUUGGAGCGGCUCUGGGCUCCGUUCUUCUGCUCACUCUCUUCUCAUCAGAGUGCUGGUGCAGGAACGAGGAGGAGCGUCUGAUCAACCACCUGAUCAAGGAACGAGGAUACAACAAGGAGCUGCGUCCUGUGCAGAGACAGCAGGACGCUGUGGACGUGUACCUGGCCCUCACACUGUCCAACCUCAUCUCUCUGAAAGAAGUGGACGAAACGCUGCUGACAAACGUAUGGAUCGAACAUACCUGGAUCGACUACCGUCUGUCCUGGAACACCACAGAGUUUGACGGCAUCGAGAUCCUGCGGCUGCCCACCAAUAUGUUGUGGCUGCCAGAGAUUGUUCUAGAAAACAAUAACGACGCUCAGUUUGAGGUGGCCUACUACUCCAACGUCCUGGUCAGCCCCAAUGGACUCUGCUACUGGCUGCCCCCCGCCAUCUUCCGCUCCUCCUGCUCCAUCAAUGUCAACUAUUUCCCCUUCGACUGGCAGAACUGCACACUCAAAUUUGUCUCUCUGACCUACAACGCCAAAGAGAUCAGGUUGAUGCUGAAGGAAGACGAAGACGAGACCAGCAAGUGGACAGUAGAGUGGAUCAUCAUCGACCCUGCCAGCUUCACAGAAAACGGGGAGUGGGAGAUCAUCCAUCGACCGGCCAAGAGAAACAUGUACAAACACAUUUCCAUGGAGAGCAACAAGCACCAGGACAUCACCUUCUACCUGGUCAUCAAACGCAAACCUCUCUUCUACAUCGUCAACAUCAUCAUCCCCUGUGUUCUCAUCUCCUUCCUGGCCUCGCUGGUCUACUAUCUGCCUGCAGACAGUGGUGAGAAGAUGACCCUGUCCAUAUCCGUGCUCUUGGCUCAGUCUGUCUUCUUGCUGCUGAUUUCUCAAAGGCUUCCAGAGACGUCCAUGUCUGUGCCACUAAUUGUAAAGUAUCUGAUGUUCAUCAUGGUCCUGGUCACUGUGGUGGUCCUCAACUGCGUGGUGGUCCUCAACCUGCACUUCAGGACGCCCAGCACGCACGUCAUGACCAACUGGACCAAGAGGUUCUUCCUGGAGCGUCUGCCUCGGAUCCUCAGGAUGUCCCAGCCGGCUGACGAGGGGCCCCCGUCGGUGAGACACGGACUGAGGACCAGAGCCACACAUGCUGCAGUGGUGAAUCCACAGGAGGAGGGAGAUAUGACGGAGCAGCUGUAUGGAGAGAUCAAACCAGCGGUGGACGGAGCAAACUACAUCAUCAGACACAUGCGCAACAAAAACGACUACAACGAGGAGAAGGACAACUGGAGCGGCAUCGCUCGCACCGUGGACCGACUCUGCCUGUUCCUGGUGACGCCGGUGAUGACACUGGGAACCAUCAUCAUAUUUCUGAUGGGAAUCUGUAACCACCCCCCCCACCUGCCCUUCAAAGGGGACAAGCAUGACUACAGAGAGGACAACCCCCGCCUGCUGCUGUAACACACACACACACACACACACACACACACACACUGUCACAGUCAGGGUGGUCAUGUGACGUUCCCACGUUGUUGUUUUUCUCUGACAGCUUUUGUUAUGAUGCUGUUUAUAAUCAAACUGACUUUUAUUCCUUUGAAUUGAAUAAACGUUUUACACUC